AAUGGACUGCUGAAUUAUGAAGUAUUUCAGAACCAAUAGUAGAAUAUCACUCUGCCACUCACUCCUUCAUCUCCUACUAGUUAUUUAAAUUGGACUUUUAAUAUCCUACCAGCUGCUCUUCAGACACACAUGGUGCAUUGUUGCCAUUCCCCGGAUUGCAUCUUUGAAACACAGGCUCUUAGUAACCUUCAGCGAACAAAGAGGCAACCUCCCGGAUACAUCCACUGGGAGGGAGUCAUCCUGACUGCCCUCUAGCUUUUGCUGGUUCUGGAUUUGAAUUCCACCAUGGAGCCUCGCAUGGAGUCUUGCCUGGCACAAGUGUUGCAGAAGGACGUGGGGAAAAGACUGCAGGUUGGCCAAGAACUGAUAGACUAUUUCUCAGACAAACAGAAGUCUGCUGACCUUGAGCAUGACCAGACCAUGUUAGAUAAGCUUGUGGAUGGACUCGCUACCUCUUGGGUGAACUCUAGCAAUUACAAGGUGGUUCUUCUGGGCAUGGACAUCCUGUCCGCCCUCGUGGCCCGGCUGCAGGACCGGUUCAAGGCGCAGAUCGGCACAGUGCUGCCAAGUCUGAUAGACAGACUAGGAGAUGCUAAAGACUCUGUGAGGGAACAAGACCAAACUCUGCUGCUAAAGAUCAUGGAUCAAGCUGCUAAUCCCCAGUAUGUAUGGGACAGAAUGCUUGGAGGCUUCAAACACAAGAACUUUCGUACUCGAGAAGGCAUCUGUCUCUGCCUUAUUGCAACACUCAAUGCCUCUGGAGCACAGACUUUAACACUAAGCAAGAUUGUGCCACAUAUAUGCAAUUUACUUGGAGAUCCAAACAGCCAGGUUCGAGAUGCAGCAAUAAACAGCUUAGUGGAAAUUUACAGACAUGUAGGAGAACGUGUGAGGGCAGAUCUCAGUAAAAAAGGAUUGCCACAGUCCCGGUUGAAUGUAAUUUUUACAAAAUUUGAUGAAGUCCAGAAAUCCGGGAACAUGAUACAAUCUGCAAAUGAUAAAAAUUUUGAUGACGAAGAUUCUGUGGAUGGUAAUAGACCUUCCUCUGCUAGCUCUACAUCCUCCAAGGCUCCACCAAGCUCACGGAGAAACGUUGGAAUGGGAACCACCCGCCGGCUUGGGUCAUCCACUCUUGGAUCCAAGUCUUCUGCUGCAAAAGAAGGAGCUGGUGCUGUUGAUGAAGAGGACUUUAUUAAAGCAUUUGAUGAUGUACCUGUAGUACAGAUUUAUUCCAGCCGAGACCUUGAGGAGUCCAUAAACAAAAUUAGGGAAAUAUUAUCUGAUGACAAGCAUGAUUGGGAGCAGAGAGUAAAUGCUCUAAAAAAGAUUAGAUCUUUACUUUUGGCUGGUGCUGCUGAAUAUGAUAACUUCUUUCAACAUUUGCGCCUUUUGGAUGGAGCCUUUAAACUCUCUGCUAAGGAUUUGCGGUCUCAGGUAGUGCGGGAGGCUUGUAUCACAUUGGGGCAUCUGUCAUCAGUUCUGGGGAAUAAGUUUGACCAUGGAGCUGAAGCCAUUAUGCCAACGAUCUUUAAUUUAAUUCCAAACAGUGCCAAAAUUAUGGCCACUUCUGGUGUUGUAGCUGUUCGGUUAAUUAUCCGGCACACACACAUCCCUAGGCUAAUACCUGUCAUAACAAGCAACUGUACCUCUAAGUCUGUCGCAGUUAGAAGGCGCUGUUUUGAAUUUUUAGAUUUGCUUUUACAAGAGUGGCAGACACAUUCACUUGAACGACACAUAUCAGUAUUAGCUGAAACAAUAAAGAAGGGAAUACAUGACGCCGAUUCUGAAGCACGGAUAGAAGCCAGAAAAUGUUAUUGGGGUUUCCACAGUCACUUCAGCAGAGAAGCAGAGCACUUAUAUCACACCUUGGAGUCCUCCUACCAGAAAGCCCUGCAGUCCCACCUGAAGAACUCGGACAGCAUAGUGUCUCUGCCUCAAUCCGACCGCUCGUCUUCCAGCUCUCAGGAGAGUCUAAAUCGGCCGCUCUCUGCCAAAAGAAGUCCUACUGGAAGUACCACAUCUAGAGCUUCUACAGUUAGUACCAAAUCUGUGUCAACGACUGGGUCCCUCCAGCGGUCUCGAAGUGAUAUUGACGUGAACGCGGCAGCCAGUGCCAAAUCCAAAGUUUCCUCUUCUUCGGGUGCAACACCAUUCAGCUCUGCAGCAGCCCUGCCUCCGGGAUCAUAUGCGUCCUUAGAUGGUACUACCACUAAAGCGGAGGGUCGGAUCCGCACGAGAAGGCAAAGCUCUGGGAGUGCCACCAAUGUCGCCUCUACACCUUCUGAUAGUCGGGGCCGCAGUCGUGCUAAAGUGGUUUCACAGUCCCAGCGAUCCAGAUCUGCUAAUCCUGCUGGUGCUGGAAGCCGGUCGAGUUCCCCAGGGAAACUGUUGGGAAGUGGUUACGGUGGACUUGCUGGGGGUUCCUCAAGAGGCCCACCUGUGACCCCAUCUUCAGAAAAGCGAAGCAAGAUUCCCAGGAGUCAGGGAUGUAGCCGGGAAACAAGUCCAAACCGAAUAGGAUUAGCACGGAGCAGCCGUAUCCCUCGACCCAGCAUGAGUCAGGGGUGCAGCCGCGAUACCAGCCGUGAGAGCAGCCGAGACACAAGCCCUGCUCGGGGCUUCCCUCCACUCGCCUCUCGACGUCAUUCCAGGUCCACUAGCGCUCUCUCCACUGCUGCAUCUGUUGGGCAGUCAGACCGGUUUGGGCUUGGCCAGUCAGGAAGAAUGCCUGGUUCUGUGAAUGCCAUUCGUGUUCUGAGCACAAGUACGGAUCUCGAAGCUGCUGUUGCUGAUGCUUUGCUGUUAGGAGACUCCAGGAGCAAGAAGAAGCCUGUGAGGAGGAGAUACGAGCCGUAUGGAAUGUAUUCCGACGACGAUGCCAACAGCGAUGCCUCGAGCGUGUGCUCUGAGCGCUCCUACGGCUCCAGGAACGGCGGGAUUCCCCACUACCUGCGGCAGACUGAGGAUGUAGCAGAAGUCCUCAACCACUGUGCCAGCUCAAACUGGUCAGAAAGGAAAGAAGGGCUGCUGGGCCUGCAGAACUUGCUGAAGAGCCAGAGAACACUGAGUCGCGUAGAACUGAAAAGAUUGUGUGAAAUCUUCACCCGGAUGUUUGCUGACCCUCAUAGCAAGAGAGUUUUCAGUAUGUUUUUGGAGACACUUGUGGAUUUUAUAAUAAUUCAUAAGGAUGAUUUGCAAGACUGGCUUUUUGUUCUCCUCACACAACUACUUAAGAAGAUGGGAGCAGAUCUCCUCGGGUCUGUGCAAGCGAAAGUUCAGAAGGCUCUGGACGUCACAAGGGACUCCUUUCCAUUUGAUCAGCAAUUUAACAUUUUGAUGCGGUUUAUUGUGGAUCAAACGCAAACUCCAAACCUCAAGGUCAAAGUUGCAAUCCUGAAAUACAUUGAGUCACUGGCCAGACAGAUGGAUCCAACAGACUUUGUAAACUCUAGUGAGACAAGGCUUGCUGUUUCUAGAAUCAUAACGUGGACAACAGAACCAAAGAGUUCAGACGUGAGAAAGGCAGCACAAAUUGUGCUAAUCUCUCUGUUUGAAUUGAAUACUCCUGAAUUUACCAUGUUACUUGGUGCCUUGCCAAAAACAUUCCAGGAUGGUGCCACCAAACUCCUGCAUAACCACCUCAAGAAUUCCAGUAACACCAGUGUGGGCUCUCCAAGCAAUACGAUUGGCCGGACGCCCUCCCGACACACCAGCAGCAGGACCAGCCCUCUGACCUCACCUACCAACUGUUCCCAUGGGGGCCUGUCUCCAAGUCGGUUAUGGGGUUGGAGUGCCGAUGGGCUCUCGAAGCACCCACCUCCCUUUUCUCAGCCCAACUCCAUUCCCACCGCUCCCUCCCACAAGACUCUCAGGCGCUCUUACUCUCCCAGCAUGCUGGACUAUGAUACAGAAAACCUGAACUCUGAAGAAAUCUAUAGUUCUCUGCGUGGAGUUACAGAAGCCAUUGAAAAGUUUAGUUUUCGAAGCCAAGAGGAUCUGAAUGAGUCAAUCAAACGAGAUGGCAAAAAGGACUGUGAUAUUGUGUCCCGCGAUGGGGGCGCUGCCUCCCCCGCCACCGAGGGCCGAGGAGGCAGCGAAGUGGAAGGGGGCAGGACGGCCCUGGACAACAAGACCUCCCUCCUCAACACCCAGCCUCCGCGUGCCUUCCCGGGGCCACGAGCACGAGACUACAGCCCAUACCCCUACGCAGACACCAUCAACACCUACGACAAGACGGCCCUGAAGGAGGCCGUGUUCGACGACGACAUGGAGCAGCUUCGGGACGUGCCCAUCGACCACUCGGACCUGGUGGCUGACCUCCUGAAGGAGCUGUCCAACCACAACGAGCGGGUGGAGGAGCGCAAGGGCGCCCUGCUGGAGCUGCUCAAGAUCACGCGGGAAGACAGCCUGGGUGUCUGGGAGGAGCACUUCAAGACCAUCCUGCUGCUGCUGCUGGAGACCCUGGGAGACAAAGACCAUUCUAUUCGAGCGCUAGCGUUGAGAGUGUUGCGGGAAAUUCUGAGAAAUCAGCCAGCAAGGUUUAAAAACUAUGCUGAGCUGACGAUCAUGAAGACACUGGAAGCCCACAAAGACUCCCACAAGGAGGUGGUGAGAGCAGCCGAAGAGGCUGCGUCCACGCUGGCCAGCUCCAUCCACCCGGAGCAGUGCAUCAAGGUGCUCUGCCCCAUCAUCCAGACGGCCGACUACCCCAUCAACCUCGCCGCCAUCAAGAUGCAGACCAAAGUCGUCGAGAGGAUCGCCAAGGAGUCCCUGCUGCAGCUCCUCGCCGACAUCAUCCCGGGCUUGCUGCAGGGUUACGACAACACCGAAAGUAGCGUGCGCAAGGCCAGCGUGUUUUGCUUGGUGGCAGUGUAUUCCGUAAUCGGAGAAGAUCUGAAACCUCACCUUGCACAGCUCACAGGGAGCAAGUGGACCUGCUCCUGCUGCUCUCGGUGGCGCCUGGGGUCUGGCGCGCGGGCUCCCAAACAGGAGCCGGUGCUUCCCUCCCCAGGGGCGACCUCGGGCUGCUUAGGGGCUCAGGAGGCUGACCUCCACACCAUCACCCAGCGCAUCCAGCUGUUAAAUUGUCUCGAUGUGGUAGCUGUGGUGUAUUGA